CCGGCCGGGGCGUCGGGAGAUGGCGGCGGGGGCCAGGCCGGAGGACGGUUCAUUGGAUUUCACCCAGAGUGUUGAUGACGACCCGCUUCUCGACACCCAGCAUCUCCCACAUGUGUUAUAUGCUCAUUUUAGACCCAGAUUCCAGCCUCUUCCCACGGUCAUCAUAGCAAACCUCCUCCUGUUCAUACAUGUUGUGUUUGUUAUUUUAGCGUUUUUAACAGGCGUGCUUUGUUCUUACCCCAAUCCAAAUGAGGACAAGUGCCCAGGAAACUAUACCAACCCAUUGAAAGUUCAGACAGUCAUAAUCCUUGGGAAAGUUAUCUUGUGGAUUCUGCAUUUCCUUCUGGAACGAUACAUUCAGCAUCACCACAGCAAAGUAAGAAAAAGAGGCUAUAACAUGAUCUACCAGUCGACAAAGCAUCUUAAAAGACUUGCACUCACGAUCCACUCCACUGGCAACACGGCCCUUCUCUUCAUAUUGUGCAUGCAGCAUUCCUUUCCUGAGGCCAGCAGGUUAUACCUUGACUUCAUUCUGGCCAUCCUGACUCUGGAACUGAUAUGUUCCCUGACAUGUCUGCUCAUAUAUACAGUGAAAAUUCGAAAAUUUAAUAAAGCCAGACCACAGCCUGAUAUACUUGAAGAAGAAAAAACCUAUGCUUACUCCAGCAGUACUACCUCGGAGACUGGAUUCAGGACUGGUUCAAGUCUGGAAGAAAUUGUUGAGAAGCAGGGGGACAUCAUCUUGUACCUGAAGCGACACAAUGCACUGCUGAGUAAGCGGCUGCUGGCUCUCACAUCCGCUGACCUAGGCCCCCAGCCAAGCAGAACGUGAGAGCAUCAAGAUCAAGACAGAAACUGCAGAGGAAUCCGGAGUACUCAAGCCUGACUGAUAGGAAGCCAAGAUGCCACUGGAAAUUGCAGCUUUUGCUGAGUACGUUUUAUAAUUUCCCUUGGAAGCCUCAUUGUGUUCUCCCAGCGUGGCUGAGUAACCUGUGUGACUUGUGGCUCAUUUGAAAGGUACUUUGUAGAAGCCUUGACAACCUGAGGAAUAAUGACUUUUUUGCACAUUACAUUAUUUAAAUGCCUACUUAAUCCUAGGAUUAAAGGCGUAGUUUAAACAUCUCUUUGGUCAACACUUCUUCCAUAUGACUUUAGACCCCUAGAGAAAGUCUGCCAUGACUGUCUAUUUUAGUUUUGUUUGUCCCACAUUUCAGUGGAUGAAAAAGUUAUUUUUGUGGCUAAGUUUUUACCCAAAGAGCCCUAUCAUGUAUUUUGCAUACAUGUGUGAUAUUGUAUAAAGCUCGGUCCACGUCGCUCUUGUAGAGUUUCCUCACGGAAGGAACGCACUCUCACUAUGUGAUUUACAGUGCAGACGCCCACAGUUCACACUCCAGAAAUAAGAAAAAUGAGAUGGUGACUUAGACCGUGUUAGACUAACCAGUGCUUUGGCACCGGCAGUGGCUUCCAUGGGCAACAGAAGAACUAUCUAGAGAUGUCUUUAGACUCUCUGUGUCCUUCAAGAAGUUGCCAUGUGUUUCAGUAUUGAUUAUAUGUUUAUUGGCCCAAAGCCUUCAGAGAUAGGAAAGGCAACUUUCGUGAUUUUAAGUUUAAAAUUAUUUGGAGAAUAAGAUGUGAUAGCAACAUGUGUGCCAAUAAUUUAAAUUACUAAUUCGCCAGGUAAGAUGAAGCAUUUUUGUAAGUAGAUGGCAUUAUUUCUCCAGGUUCUCUGUGUGUCCCUUUAUUGGAUUGCUCUUGGCACCUUUACAUGCUGCCAACAGCAUCUUGGUGGAACUUAUACCAUGAGGGGAUAUUGGUGAUCAUGUGUGCUGCUGAUAUGGGGGGGUUAUUUGCUACAGGAUCGGUAUUUCACUUGAAAUCUCUUGAGCCCUGCCCUGCUAUUUAGGAGAAGUAUUUGGCCACAUCCUGUGAUUUACAGAGGACAGACAGCUGUCCCUUUAGAUCCUGCCAUGUAAGACCUUUCUGUGAACAUGGAGGUGAUGGAGUCACCUGCAGGCACUGAAUCCCCAAAGUGACAACAUUCACAAAUGGAAGCCAGAAUUGUAUUUUCAAAAUUCAAGUUUCCCGAUUUCUCCUCCCAUCCUUUUACAUAAGUGAUUUCAGAUCCAUUACUUUCUCUGGGAAUUUAUCUCUUUGUUCUGGAAGAUUCUAUAAACAUUGCGUUACACUGUUUUCCUUUUUAGAAGGAAAACAUGGAUAAUAGAUGAUCGAGUCUUAUUUUUUUAAUUCAAUCUGGAGCUAUAGUUUCUAAGGUUUAUGGGGUGAACUUCAGUUUAUAGAGCAAGUUAGAGGUAAAAAGAAUACUCAGGUUUUGAUGUGAUGUCUGUAUCAUCACUGACACUUUUCUAUGAACAUGUCAAACCCAAUGAACAUGUCAAACAAUAAAAGAAAAUGAAACUAAAUAUCAAAACAAAACAGAACUAUUUUAUAUUUUUUGAUGAGAAAAAGCCAUAGAAAAGUUUAAUAAUAUGUAUACAUGGGAAAGCGGCAGCAUGAUGGAGAAACUUGCCUCCCUGGCUCUCGAUACCAUCUUAAAUAGCUAAGUUAGGAGAACAAAAACAGUUUAAAUGUUAAGCAUUCUUUAAAUGUUAAGCCAGGCAGAUACUUCACUAGCAUAGCACCAUGUAUAUAAAAAUUAAUAAAAAUAAUUUAAUAAAAAUGAAUAAAAAAUUAUACAAAAAUUCUAAAGAGGGGGGGACUAGGAUUUCUAGGCUCUGUGCUAAAGGAAAUAACGCCAGUUAGUGUUUACCGGUGGUACUGUAGGAGCUGCUGAUCACAGGGCACCUAGCGGGCCGGGGGUUUAGGAAUUCCAGGCAAAUGAAUGAGCAAAGGGGUAAGGCAAACAGCUACAAAAGAACAAAGGAUCACAAUCAGAGCAGAGACUGCACCAGAGCAAGCAGGACAAAGAAGGGGAGAUGGCAAAGGACCUUAGAGGACCUUACAGCUCUGCUAAAGACCCUACCCUGGAAUGGGAGCCCCCCCAGGGGGUUUUCAUGUAAAGGUCAGUUUUAGUUUAUGAGGAUCCCAUUGUGGUGCAAUGUGGAGGGAAGACGGGCAGAGAGAGCAGCUCUGUACUGGGGCAGCUGUAGUAAUAUUUUAUUAAAAGUGUAUUUGUCUAUAUGUGUAUCUAUAUUUCUAUAUUGUUAAGUGUGUGAUUUUAUUUCAAAUAACAUUAUCAUGACUCAUUAAAAGCCCUUUGUUUUUGAGUGGCGCUAUUGAAAAAUAUAAAGAAAAAUUAUUUGAGGUCCGAUACCACUUGCUGUUCUCGGUUGCAGGUGUUAAGUCUAUUUAGUCCUAGCCCAUCUGAUGGAUACAAAACUAUUGUUUCAAGUUGCAUUUCUUUGACUACUGGUGAUGUUGAAUUUUUUCCCAUAUUCUUUGGUCUUUGAUAAAUCUUCUCUGACUAUAUAUCAAGUUGUUUACUUAGAAUUCUCCUGGAAUGUUCUUUUUCUUAAUUUUUUUAUAUAAGGGGAACCCUGAGUUUACAUUUGUUGGAAAUAUUUCUUUAGGUGGUUCUGGGUUCUUCUGCCAGAUCCUCUUCAAAUACUAGAGCCUGGAUUCUGUCUCCUAAAGAGUUCAUAGCAAUGAAUUCCUAAAGCCACAUGAGGAGUCUUGUGUGAGAGCCAGCAGGGACGCGGGUAAAUGUUAAUACAGGGUUCCUGCACUGGUCAGAAGUAGAACAUUGCUAAUAUAGUAACUUAUUUUGGGGGGGUCUGGGAAUGUUCAAGAUUAUUUCCACAUAUCCAGGAGCUUCAUUCACAAUCUGUUUCUGAGACUAAGAUCUGGAAUCAGGACCUACGGGGGACAGGUCUUGUGAAAGUAUAGGUUGAGAUUUCUUGAAAAUGUUCUGAGAGCUCACCCGGUGGUCCCAGCAUCUCCCACCCCCACCGCUGCGGACAGGCCCACAGUCAUUCUGGGAAGUGGGUCUUUGCAGGUCCCGGUGGUCCAUGCAGGUCUCCUGCCCAGAAAUACCUGCCUGAACGAAGAUACAGAAAAGCCAAGACAGCUGGGUCGGCUGGGAAAUCUUUUAGAAUAAUCAAGAACGUUGUUUUCUCUUUGCAAAACUCAGUUUUUGUCCUCAGAGACAAUCAGGUUAGGGUGGGCUUUUCCAAAUCUAGCAUUACAUCUACUUUAAAUCUCGAUAAUUUUCUGCAAAGCACAGUGCUGGGGAGGAAAACUGUGACCUGUUCUUAACUGAGCUGCCACGACACGGGGAUUGGGGGGGAUUGUCAUCUCUAGAUUCGUCAGCGUAAUUCAUGAUAGCAGUUCCACCUCAGACCACACAUACUGUCCCCCACCUCACUCAGGAGACCCAGGAGGGAGGAAAGGUGGUCAGAAAAGGCACCAAUGUUUCCAUGGUUUCUCUUGUGUGUCCUUUUCACCAUCCGGCCAGGAGUGAGCUGCCUCUUGCCCACGGUCUAUAAACUGGUUCAGAUUCAGAGGCUAAUCUCCAUCUCUGGUUUUCCAUCUUCUCUCUCAGUUCUAAGUUUCUUGGGCUUUGAAUGCUGGUUGAUUUCCUGAGCAUCUGCCAGUUGCUUUAGGGCCUCCAGGUAACUUCUGAGCCUUUGCUUGUGCUCAGAGGCAGCCUCCUCCACAGGCCUCACCCGGUGGUCCUGGUGGUCUGGGGACUGCAUGCACAGAGGGCACAGAAUCUGCAGGUCAUCCUCACAGAAGAGGCUCAGAGCCUGCAGAUGCUGCUCACACAGGUGUCUCUCCUCUUGCCUCUUCCUCUUGCUCAUGCUUCGGUGGAGGAGCUUGGCAAUGCCAAUGAUCCUUCCUAGCUGGGGAUUGCUCCUCCAGCGCCCGCCCUGGCUUGGGUGGCAGCAGGUAGGGCAAGGGAAAGUGUCUCGUAGCUCCCUCCACGAGUGGCAGAUGCAGCUGUGACAGAAGUUGUGUCCACAGUCGAUAGUGACGGGGUCAUUCAAGAUAUCCAGACAGAGGGGGCAGUCGGCCGCUGCCAUGAAUUGGGCCAGGGCUGCUUCCAUUGCUAAUGGGCUGUGAAGGAAGGCCUAGACUGAGGUGGGUUUUCUUUGGGGGCUUGGGUUUUAUAGUGAGUAGAUACACCCUAAAAUCUCAAGCCUCACUUUAUUGGCAGUCUGUCAAAUUCUGCGUGUCUUCAGAUCCUUUAACUCCAGCUCCCCAGGUCUUGCAGCAGUCACAGCCCAGCUGGACAACAGCCCUCCAGCUCUGGUAGCUCAGAGACAAUGAAGCCAAGCUAAGCAACUUCCAUGUCAGCAGAAAAGUCACUGCCUCAAAAACUGGGUGCUGUGGGUAAGAGAUGUUUCUUUAAAAUAAUCUCUGGAUUUAUUUCAGGUGCCCUACCCACCAUCACCUUCUAGUUACAUGUAAGUUGCGCUAUCCCCAGUCUUGCAUUCCUGUUCCUUCAUUGCUGUGCCCUGUUUGUUCCCACAAUCCAGGCAGGUGAUCUUACCAUUGAUCCUGUUUGGGACCGUGGGAAGGCAUGAGCUCUGGGACAGAGAUCCACCACUCCCAAAUUGGCCUUGGUCACCCCUCAUGGAACCUGGGGAAUUUUACUUUGGCACAUAUGCUCUGAAACAUGCCAAUCUGGCACACAGGUGAUCUUGAGUCACUCUCGACUGCCUAAAAAAAAGUAUCCUUUCCCCUAUUUGUAAGGGAAUGUUGUAGUUAUAAAGGAAAUUUACAUUGGAAAGAGGGCCUGUGCCAGGGAGAAAGCUAAAAUCAGAGGCGACUUUCUCAAUUAGACAUGGCCUAAUAGGCCACCUUUGAUUACCAAACACUUUUAUUUUACCCAGAAUUGCCUCCCUGAUCAGCCUCAGAAGCCCCAGACCCCAUCUGCUUCCUUAGCUCAGGCUGGUAUGUAAAUCUCAAUUGUCUGGCUGCUCUUCGCGUGUCAGAUCUUUGUGAAACUCCUGUGUGUAGAUAUAAGAUUUUUCCCCCGUUACUCUACUGUGUGUUAAUUCUUAGAUCAGCCACAGGAGCUAGAAGCACAGGAUAAAUUUUUCCUCCCCUGUAAUCCCAAGCUCUUGGAAUCAGGUAAAUGAAGAUAAUAUCACUAUAAACAUUUUGAGAAUCUAGAAGGUUUUCCCUUAACCCUUCUAGGUUCUUGGCAGAGACUCCCUGCAAUAAGACACUCCCUGCCCCCUCUCUCCUUCCUUGUGCAGAGGUGCCUGGCUGGACCCAGAGUGGUGAGAGAGGUUCUGACCUGGUGAGUUUUCAGACCCUUUGCCAGGUAACCUAUUUAUGAAAUAAAAUCUAGGAAAUAACAUUUAAUACAUACAAAUUGAAACAAAACUAAAACCAGAAAAAAAAAAUACUUCCAGUGUUUACUGGUAAGAUAGCAUUGCCUCUAAACAAAGAGUACCUACAAGAUAAAGUAAAACAAAAUAAAAAAACUAAAUUCCCUGUGUGAAAAAUCAACAUCAAAGCUACCAUUAAGCAACCAUUCAGGACCAGGGCUGGGUAAGUGGAAAUGAUCCGGUUUUUUCCACCCUCUGGCCAUUACGUCUGUGAGCAACACCUGUGGCCUUACACGCGUGCCUGAUGGUGGCACCUGGAGUGUGGUGUGGGUGUGCAGAAGUGGGCAUGACUGAGCAUAUAAGGGCGGCGGCAGAGGACUGUAGGGGCAAAGUGCAGUAGAGACCACGGAGAAGCCUGAGAGCACAGAAAGAAUGAAGAUUCGCCAGGGGGUUAGGAGGCCUCCCUGCCUGCCCUGCACCUGGUUGCCUCACUACAAAUGGCGUAGAAAGAUCAUUAAAAGCCAGGGCUCCAGGACUACUUUACCCGUCUGCUGGGAUCCACAGAGAACCUGCCCUGUGCCCUCAUGGCACUACAACCAGCCUUGAAAAUUCUGAGAAGACAAAACCAAUUUAGUCAUACACUCAAAUCAUACAACCAAAGUGUAAUUUAGCUUUGUAGGAACAACCUGACCUCCGGAAGCCAUCAGCAAAACUUGACCUGGUUCCCAAAAUUGGUAUAAGGUAACCACUAACCAGAUUCCCUCUCGAUUGUAUAGCAAUCGCUAUGAAGAAUAAACAGCCGCUGCCUCUUUACUGCCUGCUCUGUGACAGCCCCCCAAAGCCCCGUCCAUGUUUGGGGUGAAGUGCUCUCAGUUUGCAAACUGUCUUUUUGGUGUGUACACAAUAAACCUUUACUACUCACUACUUCUGUCCACUUGCUUUUUUUUCAGAAGCUGUCUUGGCUUUACUUUUGU